AUGGUGUUUAAAUUCCUUGGUAUAUUGUUUCGUUACGAUGACGACAAUGGGCGGAAACUGAACCAAGAACCACUAAUUGAUGAGAUGCUCGAGAGGUUCGGAUUAGUCGAGUCGGCAGCGGUCAGGGUGCCAAUCGGCGGAGACGAUGGAGUCGAAGAAGGUGCGCUGCUACCUUCUAAUGGGAAAGGUUCGCCGAAAAGACCAAAUGUACAGACUUUCCAGUCGAUAGUCGGUAGUCUGUUAUGGUUAUCUCGAUGCACACGCCCCGAAAUUUCGUUUGCGGUGCACCGAGUGACUCGUCGCUCGCACGCACCGAGUGAAGGCGAUUGGCGUCUAGCAAAGAAGAUCGCAAAAUAUCUCAAGGGCACCAAGAAACUAGAUUUUGUGAUGAAGGGAGACAAGGACUUAAUGAAAGAUGACGGCGUGGUAGUCGAGGCAUUCAGCGAUGCCGACUACGCUGCAGACAAGAGUGACCGGAAGUCGGUUAGCGGUAGUGUUCAUGGUGGGCGGCAUGAUUGUAGGCUGGAUGUGCAAGAAACAGAAAUGUGUUGCAUUGUCAACGAUGGAAGCCGAGUAUGUGGCGGCUUCGCAAACAUCAGCUGA